AUGGAUAAUGCAACGACGGAUUCAAUUCCAGAUUCUGAUUUCUUGAAGGAAUUUUACAUUCCUGAUUACAUUUUACUCCCUGAAUCAGAACCCGACUCCACUCCUCCUCAGCUGCCUCAAUGUCCGGUUCUAGUUUUUAUCAAUUCCAAGAGUGGUGGUCAGCUCGGUGGAGAUCUUUUUAAGACUUAUUCUUCUCUUCUCAAUGAAAAACAAGUUUUUGAUUUGAGUGAGGAAGCGCCGGAUGUUGCGUUGCGGAGGAUUUAUUUGAAUUUGGAGAAAUUGAAAUCCAAUGGACAUGAAUUUGCUGCUAAAAUUCAAGAGAAAUUGCGAAUUAUUGUUGCUGGUGGUGAUGGAACGGCUGGAUGGCUUCUUGGGGUUGUUUGUGAUCUUAAAUUAUCGCAUGCCCCACCGAUUGCUACUGUGCCGUUGGGAACCGGAAACAAUCUUCCAUUCGCGUUUGGUUGGGGAAAGAAGAAUCCUGGAACGGAUACACAGUCUGUAAUGUCUUUUAUGAAGAAAGUAAAGAAUGCAAAGGAAAUGAAAAUCGACAACUGGCAUAUUCUCAUGAGGAUGAGAGCUCCUAAAGAAGGUUCCUGUGAUCCCAUUGCACCUCUUGAACUACCACAUUCUCUGCAUGCAGUUCAACGAGUUUCUCCAACAGAUGAGCUCAACAUGGAAGGUUAUGUCACGUUUCGUGGGGGAUUCUGGAACUACUUCAGCAUGGGUAUGGAUGCUCAAGUAUCAUAUGCAUUUCAUUCUGAGCGGAAGUUGCAUCCUGAAAAAUUCAAAAAUCAGUGGAUUAAUCAGAGUACUUAUGCAAAGCUUGGUUGUACCCAAGGAUGGUUUUUAGCCUCUCUUUUUCAUCCGUCUUCAAGGAACAUAGCUCAUCUUGCCACAGUGAAGAUCAUGAAGAGGCAUGGUCAAUGGGAGAAGCUUCAUAUACCUAACUGCAUUAGGUCAAUUGUAUGCCUCAACUUGCCAAGCUUUUCUGGUGGACUAAAUCCUUGGGGGACACCAAAUAGCAACAAAUGCCGUGAUAGAGACUUGACUCCACCAUUUGUCGAUGAUGGACUUAUAGAGGUUGUUGGUUUUAGAGAUGCUUGGCAUGGGCUUGUUUUGCUUGCUCCAAAUGGACAUGGAACUCGUCUUGCACAGGCACACAGAAUCCGCUUUGAGUUUCACAAAGGUGCUGCUGACCACACAUUCAUGAGAAUUGAUGGGGAACCCUGGAAGCAACCACUACCAGUUGAUGAUGAUACUGUAGUGGUAGAAAUUUCUCAUCUUGGCCGAGUUAACAUGCUUGCCACCCACGAUUGCAGAGCUAAAAGUGUCAACGACCCUUCCUCACCAACCUGUCAUGAUACUGACGAAAAAGAUAGUGACGAGGAGGGCUCUGUAGUUGCUGACGAGUUCAGGAAAUUUGGCGCAGCUGAUACAUUCAAGAUCCCAGAUGAAGUUGACAUUUCCCAUAUUAGUUAA